GUGAAAUUUUGGGAAGUUUUCGGCCUCCUCAAGGAAUUUCAGCUUUUUCUAAACGCGCAAAGCUACUACGAGUAAUUUUGUAAAGAAUUUUUUACUCCUCGCUGGCCUGGAGAGCACUAUUCGUACCGCAAAGUACAGUAAGUUGCACGGGAAAUAGUUUUGAAACCACCGCGAAGAAAUCGGGUGCAAAAAAAUUUGCGGACACGCCUUGAGAUCACUUUCCUAGUGUAAGUGUGAAAAAAAGCGCAGCAAUUUUCUAAUUCCAAACACGAAGCCUUUGCACUCUUCGUAAUUCUAACCUCAACGUGCUGCACCACUUCGAAUUACCUAACCAAUAUAAUCAACUGCGCAUAUUACUGGGCACCAGGAGCGCUUUUCUUUCCCAUCAGUCUUACCCUCAAUUUGAGAUAAAGAUAUACAAGAUGUUUUUCGCCGCAUUUUCAAAAUCUACAGAAGAAACUCUUGUUCCUCCGAUCGAGGAGACAAAAACAAAGCCUCGCAGAAAGAGACGCAAGAAGAAGAAGAAAAAAGGCAAGAAACAGAAUGACGUUGUUGCCAUUCCAGAUAGCGACGACGACAGCAGUGUUGGCGAUAUCUUCGUCGUUUCAAAGAUCGACGCAAGCAAUUCCAACGAAAGCGACGUUGCUACCAGUCAUAUUUCUACUCCACAGGAAGUCUUGAGACAUCGCUUGGUUGAAAGCGACGGCUACCGUGCAGAUUGCGUCGACAAGGCGAUGGAAGAAAUGUGGGAAAAGGGCUUACCCUAUGAUGAAUAUAGUGCCGUGGUUCUUUACUUAGAAGGCGACAGAAAUCAAGUGGAGGAGAAAAGUCCUACCAAGAAUGUAGCCCCCGUGGUCGUCAACAAGGAUAGCAGAUCCAACGAAGAUGAGAUCGUCUACGACGGGAAAAACGAAGAUUACGAUACCGAAUCAACCGAAACGGAGUCGCCGCUUUCCCACUCCUUCCUCUCUACAGAUUGCAUGGCUUCCAUCAGCGAUGGAGGAGACAGCUUGCAAGCAUCAACGCAAAACCCCGAAGGUCCAGUUUCUACGGAAGAUUGUAAUGUUGACAACGAUGAUAUGAACAAAAACACAGCAGAUGCGCAACCCAAUUCACCGACCACUCUAGCCGACAAACUCAUCAAGGUGGCAGAGUAUGAGGAUCUUGGCGAUGUCCUCUUCGUCAUGACAAAGUGGGUUUGGGAGGCAGCGAAACCACAUGAGGUAAGUCGCGUAACGAUAAUCUGUCUUUUUUGUGUUCAGUUCUCUUCCGAUCCAUUCUUCGUCCCUUCAAUCAAGUCACCAUUUUAUCAUUCACCUCACUGGGCCAUUGAUGUUUCUUCAUUCAGGUCGAGGAUCUAUGCAUUGCAGUCAGAACUCCAGCCUUACCUACUGUUAUUCGGCGUGUGAUCUCCUAUGAAAUUCAGGAUUCGGUCAGAUUCGAAACCAUAAUCCUACCGGGUCUCAUGAAGUUACUUGCGAGUGUUUUACAACGAUGUGGAGUUGUCGAGGAACUAGGGGGAGAGCAUGGAAGUGAGCAUGAAAAAUGGAUGGAAAAAAUGUUGAAGCAGGCCAGAGAACUUGCCCUCAUGUCGAAAGAUGAAACUAUCAACGAUAGUAACGAUGCCGAAAAAGCUGACAUUGCCGAUCGGGUGUCAUGGUUUAUCGUAUCUCAAAUGAGAAUCGCACUCGAAAAAAUCAAAGGAGUGAACGGAGCCACCAAAGAAGAACCGAAGACGAAUGUGGUCGUUACCGAUCACACCAGAAGCAAGGGGCCAGGCAGCAGUACGGAGCGCAAUGGCCUAAAGCUUAUCGCAAGUCUAGCCAAUACAACUGUGAUGAACGCGAUGCAAAAUUAUUCAAAUGGAGUUCUUGUAAACGGGGAUGAAUCACACUCGACACAGAGUAUCAUUUCCAACAUAAUGAUCAACGACGAGCUCUCCCCGUCGUUCUCAUCCCCGCUAGAUAACGACGAUACUUUGCUACUACUCGUCAACCCGUCGACGAAGAAGCGUUUCGAGGAGGAUAAGGCAAAACUCAAGACAAUGAAAGCGAAGGUCCGACCAUCGGCAGAAGAAUCCGAAAAGGUUCAGUUUCUCCUCGAGUCAGUACUAGAACUAGAAACCGAACGCACGACCUACAAAAUGCAAAUCGAGGUGCUCCGCGCGGCCCUGGAAGAACUGGAGGAUAUGGAUGAUGAUGCAGCUUUUCAAAUCGAAGAACUUUCGGCUCAGAUCGAGGAAGAAAAUAAAAGCGAUAUUUUUCAAGCCAAACGGAUUGAAAAAGAAAUACGCACGGCAGAGAAGUCGGUCGAUUAUGGAAACAUGGUUGGAAGUCUGGCAGAAAUGAUGAAUUUCUACGGCAAUGCACUAGAGGAGGCGACGUCGGCUAAAAAAAGUGUGAGACAUGAUACUUACAACAAAAGUGAAAAUUGCUCGGAGGAUUAUCUUGCGAAAAUCUCGACAUCAGCUGCCAUGGAAGACUUUCUCUCCAAAACAAGGCUUUACUUCUUGGCCGAAGCCAAGCAUGAAGCACAAUUACGGUCUCGAAUUGCAGCAAAGACUACUGAGCUGGCUUCUCUCCGAUCUGAAUUGUCUCAAUACAAGGAAGCCAAGGGAAUCGGUUCGAUGACAACUAUCAUCUCACAGAUUGAGGAAUCCAUUCCUAAAAAGGAAAUGUCACUGAAGGAAGACAUUUGCACCUCUGAUGCUCUCAUUAGAGACUCUAAACAUAUGUACAACGAGCUCUUAGCUCGUUUAGAAGAGUACCAGAGCAAAAUCGUAUCCAGCGAAAGCAAAAGCGAUUCUUUGCCGAAUAUGUUUCCCACUGCAUUAUUGUGGGAUGUUCCAGCCGCGAUUAGAGCUUUGAAUAUCGUUGAUAGUUGUGUUCCGUUGGAAAAAUUUAUCGACAAACAGCCUGCAAGCUCCGGUACAAAUCAAUUCGAAGCAAAAGAAGACGACAGUGUUGUGAGUGGUGCCAAUGAUUCUGCGGAAGAUUACCUCAAGCUGGAGGCCAGCUCCUCCACUAAUUCGUUGGCUCCUCCAAAAGUAAUUAAGUUGUCUUGGGCUAACGAACAGCCAGCCUUGGCAUCUGAUGCCGAGAAACAUUCCCUAUUGGAUAUCCAGAGAGAGCAGCAAAUGCAGUAAGAGGAGCAGCAUUUUCUCAAAUUUAUCAGCAACAAAUAUUUCCUAUUGUAAUAGGAGCAAUGCACAGUGCCCAAUGCCCAUCUACAUCACGAAGAUUUUUAAGCACGAAACAAAAAGAAUGAAACCAAUCUACUCAGGUUGGGACCAGACAGAUCUCCACACAAGACAUGCGUUGAUUGCUGACAGGUCAGGAGCUCCGAAUGAGAAACGUGGCCACGAAAAAGGUCACGGACUACAUACUUUGAAAAACCCUCACAAUAUAUCAAUAACAAUUCGAAAAACUCAACCAGGUUCUCAGUGCAACAAGAAAUACCAACGUAAACAUAAUCAGUGAUGUCAAUUUUGUGAACGAUUGCCAUCUUGCACGUACAACUGGGACCUAAACAAGAUGCAUAUCUGAAAACAAAUCCAGCAAAUAUUA